GCAAGGUAUAUAUGUUCCGAUCACGAAAGGAAAUAAGCUAAGGAAUGUAGGAUUGGAUAGGAUAGUUAAGCAGAAGCUACGAUCAUAACUGCGUGUUUCUCUUUUUUGGUUAGCUGAGUUAGUUACUCUUAAAAACCGUGUAUCGGCCCGGGCUGCCCAUUCGUUUCUGUAGCCCGGCCCACUCAUUGCCGCAGCCGCCGGCACUUCCCCAAAUUUUACUUCCUGGCCAACCCAACUGAAACGUCCGAUCAAAUGGGUAUCGGAGAAGAAGCAGAUCCCAUCCCUAACCCACUUCAUCGGGAGCCACCGCGAAUCCACCGCCUGGACGAAGCGGUGGUUAACAGAAUCGCUGCCGGCGAGGUUAUCCAACGACCAGUUUCCGCCGUCAAAGAGCUCGUUGAGAACAGCAUCGAUGCUGGUUCCUCCUCCAUCACCAUCUUGGUUAAAGACGGUGGCCUCAAGCUUAUCCAAGUCUCAGACGAUGGCCAUGGAAUUCGGUAUGAAGAUCUGCCAAUACUAUGCGAGAGGCAUACAACCUCUAAACUGAGUAAGUUUGAGGAUUUACUCUCCAUGAAAUCAAUGGGGUUUAGAGGGGAGGCCUUGGCAAGUAUGACCUAUGUUGGUCAUGUGACAGUCACGACCAUCACAGAGGGUCAAUUGCAUGGAUACAGGGCAACUUAUAAAGAUGGCAUGAUGGAUCAGGAACCAAAAGCAUGUGCAGCUGUUAAAGGUACUCAAAUCAUGGUUGAAAAUUUAUUCUAUAACAUGGCUGCUCGGAGGAAGACACUUCAAAAUUCUGCUGAUGACUACCCUAAAAUAGUUGAUUUGAUUUGUCGGUUUGCCAUCCAUCACAUAAAUGUGAGCUUCUCUUGCAGAAAGCAUGGAUCAGCUAGAGCAGAUGUUCACUCAGUUGCUAUGUCCUCAAGACUUAAUGCACUUAGAUGUGUUUAUGGAGUAUCGGUUGCACAAAAUCUCAUUCAUCUAGAAGUCUCAGAUGAUGAUCCCUCAAGUUCAAGUUUUGAAGUGAAUGGUUUUAUUUCAAAUUCUAAUUACAUUUCAAAGAAGACGACUAUGAUCCUUUUCAUCAAUGAUAGACUGGUGGAAUGUGGUUCUCUAAAGAGGGCUAUUGAAAUUGUUUAUGCUGCAACAUUGCCGAAGGCAUCAAAACCUUUUAUCUACUUGUCAAUCAAAUUGCCACCUGAGCAUGUUGAUGUAAAUGUUCACCCAACAAAAAGAGAGGUAAGCCUCCUGAAUCAAGAAAUUGUAAUUGAGAAGAUCCAAUCUUCUAUAGAAUCGAAAUUGAGAAACUCCAACGAGUCACGGACAUAUCAAGAGCAGAGGGUGGACUCCUCUCCUUGUGUUUCUGUUCCUGAAAGCAGGGAUUCCCCUAAUCAUCCCUCCUCAUCUGGCUCAAAAUUACAGAAAAUUCCAGUAAACAAAAUGGUAAGGAUAGAUUCUCAGGAUCCUGCUGGAAGGUUGCAUGCAUACUUGCAAGUUAAGCAGCCUACUCAGCAGCAAGGAGGUUCUCGCUUAACCUCUGUAAGGUCUUCAAUUAGACAGAGGAGAAACCCCAGGGAAACUGCUGACCUUAGUAGCAUUCAGGAACUUCUUGGAGAGAUCGACUCUACUUGCCACUCUGAGUUGUUGGAUAUUGUAGGGCACUGCUCAUACAUAGGGAUGGCAGAUGAUGUUUUUGCUCUGCUGCAGCACAACACACACCUUUAUCUUGUAAAUGUGAUUAACUUGAGCAAGGAACUUAUGUACCAGCAAGUCCUACGGAGAUUUGCACAUUUUAGCGCAAUUCAAUUGAGUGAUCCAGUUGCACUGCAAGAACUGAUAAAGUUGGCUUUGAAAGAAGAGGAUCCUAACCCAGAAGACAAUGAAAAUGAUGAUCUGAAAGAGAAAAUUUCAGAAAUGAAUACAGAACUGAUCAAGCAGAAAGCUGAGAUGCUGGAAGAGUAUUUCAGCAUAUAUGUUGAUCCGAAUGGCAAUUUGUCAAGGCUACCCAUUGUUCUUGACCAAUACACCCCCGACAUGGAUCGCAUGCCCGAAUUUGUUCUUUGCCUUGGUAAUGAUGUUAAUUGGGAUGAUGAGAAAUUGUGCUUUCAGACAAUUGCUGCCGCAAUAGGUAGCUUCUAUGCUUUCCAUCCUCCAUUGCUGCCUAAUCCAUCCAGUGAUGGGUCAAAAUUCUACAAGGGGGCUCCUGCUUCUGCACCAGAUGAGGAAAAUGCAUCAUCAAGUGCUGAUGCUGAGGAAGGCAUGAAAGAACUACUUUUGGAAGCUGAAAGUGCCUGGGCUCAGCGUGAAUGGACAAUACAGCAUGUGUUGUUCCCCUCCAUGAGACUUUUUCUAAAGCCUCCAAUUUCCAUGGCCACAGAUGGAACGUUUGUUAAGGUUGCUUCGUUGGAGAAACUGUACAAAAUAUUUGAGAGAUGCUGAGAGUGGAGCGUUGGAAUCUGGUGGGUGGUCGUAUUUUCGGCAUGAUCAUUUCAAUUCAUAUGGACGGUGCGGUGCUCUGGUAUAUUUUGUUUGCCAGUGCCACUUGUGUAUAAACAACCUGCGAAAUGCCUUCUUCGUCUACGUCUAUGCCUACUGCCUUCUGUUUUUGUAUAUGUAUGGACUACGUAUGAAUGCAUGUAUUAGCUUGAGAAUCCAAGUGCUGUUAUGGUC